CACUAGAUGAACUCAGCUAAAAUCAGCAUGGUAGCACGAAGCAAUGAAGCGAGCUCGAGCAAGAGGAGGGCUGCGGACCCUUUAACAAGCCAAGAAUAUCUGUCUAAGGAGACCAUAGAGUCCUCGGACGAAGGAGAGUCAGAUGGACAAGGAAAGGUUGAUGAGCGGGAUGCGGAGAAUGGGUCAUCCGUAGACUCCAUGGACGACAUCGAAGGAGUGACACCGAAACGAAGAGAUCGCAGGAGCGGGGAUGGCGAUAGGAGAGAGGAGGCACCUCGUUUGAGGAGAUAUCAACCUCCGCCGGGAAUGAAAGCUGUCCAAAUAGAUGCCUCUCUCUCCCAAACCACAUUCGACUUUGACCAGAUGCGUCGAAAUUCAAAGCUCCAGCUUUGGACCAUCAGGGUUCCUGCAGAUUUGAAACCAUCUCGAUUGUCUGCCCUCAACGUUACGGGUCCAAGAAAGUCUAGCUCGAAACCAAAGGGCUCUCUGUCCACCAAACACGGGACAUAUCAGCUCCAUGCUGCGGAUGCAGACGGUAUCGAAAUGGCUGGAGGCAUGCGUUUGAUGGUACCUGACGCAACCAGGGAAAAUCAUCUGUUUGUCGCUCCCUUACCGAUCUCUCAUCACCUGAUCCUGGUACCGGAUGAGUCGAGUGGCGCAGCGAGUGCGUCCGAACGAGUCGUGCGACCGAUACCCUCUCGCACUAAGCGGGAGCAGCCCACGCAUCUCUUCAAGUUUCGCAAUCAGGCAUACGGAUUCAACACCCCCGGCACUCGAUCCACGCAGGACGUGGAGCAGGUCACGGAAACAGCCGAUGCAGAUGUGGUCAUGUCGUCUCCAAAAAGAAGCAAGAAAGCCAAGACGAACAAGGCCGAAUCUGGGAAGCCUAGGAAGUCCAAGACUUGAAAGGGUACGCGGUACGAGACUUAUGAUUAUAAUCGCUACAUUGACGAAAUGUACA